GUAUAUUGUGAUGUCAGGAACCCCAGAGAAAAUUUUAGAGCACUUUCUAGAAACUAUGCGCCUUGAAGUGACUUUAACUGAAGCAACAGAUUCUGUUUUAAAUGAUUUUAUUAUGAUGCACUGUGUUUUUAUGCCAAAUAGUCAGCUCUGCCCGGCCUUGAUGGCACACUAUCAUGCCCAGCCUUCCCAGGGUACAGAGCAGGAGAAAAUGGAUUAUGCCCUCAACAAUAAAAGGCGAGUCAUUCGACUGGUUCUGCAGUGGGCUGCUUUAUAUGGAGAUUUACUACAAGAAGAUGAAGCAGCAAUGGCCUUUUUGGAGGAAUUUUAUGUAUCUGUAUCAGAUGAUACGAGAAUGAUUGCAGCACUAAAGGAGCAGCUUCCAGAGCUAGAGAAAAUUGUAAAGCAAGUUUCUGAAGAACCUAAAGCACCACAGAAGAAGCACAAAGUUCUUCUGCAGCUGUUCAACACAAGUGAUGACAGAGCACAGAAACGCCAGCCUAUCAGAGGUAGCGACGAAGUUCUGUUUAAGGUGUACUGCAUAGACCAAACCUACACCACUAUCCGGGUGCCAGUUUCUUCCUCUGUGAAGGAGGUGAUCAGCGCAGUAGCAGAUAAGCUGGGUUCUGGAGAAGGCCUCAUCAUAGUAAAGAUGAGUUCAGGAGGAGAAAAGGUCGUGCUCAAACCGCAUGAUGUUUCAGUGUUUACAACUCUGAGUGUUAAUGGACGGCUGUUUGCUUGCCCACGUGAUCAGUUUGAUUCACUGGCACCAUUACCAGAACAAGAAGGACCGUCGACGGGUACAGUAGGAACGUUCGAACUGAUGAGCUCCAAAGACUUAGCACAUCAGAUGACAAUUUAUGACUGGGAGCUUUUCAACUGUGUGCAUGAGCUGGAAUUGAUCUAUCACACUUUUGGGAGGCACAAUUUUAAAAAGACCACGGCAAAUCUGGACUUGUUUUUAAGAAGAUUUAAUGAAAUUCAGUUCUGGGUGGUCACUGAGAUUUGUCUUUGCUCUCAACUCAGCAAACGUGUUCAGCUGUUGAAGAAGUAUAUUAAGAUAGCAGCCCACUGUAAAGAAUACAAAAAUCUGAAUUCCUUUUUCGCUAUUAUUAUGGGACUGAGUAAUGUUGCUGUGAGCCGUCUUUCGUUAACAUGGGAGAAACUUCCAAGCAAGUUCAAGAAGAUCUAUGCAGAGUUUGAAAGCUUAAUGGAUCCAUCAAGAAACCAUAGGGCCUACAGACUAACGGUAGCUAAAUUGGACCCUCCAAUAAUUCCUUUCAUGCCACUACUUAUAAAAGACAUGACGUUCACUCAUGAGGGAAACAAGACAUUCACUGACAACCUAGUAAACUUCGAAAAAAUGCGCAUGAUUGCCAACACUGUCAGGACGGUGAAAUUCUGCCGAAGCCAAUCUUUCAAUCCCGACGCAGCCCUAACUAAUAAGAACCAUCAGGAUGUUCGGAGCUAUGUGCGGCAAUUAAAUGUGAUUGACAACCAGAGAACUUUAUCACAGAUGUCUCACCGACUAGAACCGCGUCGAGCAUAAACAUUUGAAGCCGUGAUGAGAAAUGAUCUUUUAUCCUGUCAAGGUCACUUGUUAAGAACUUCACUUUCUCUGCUACCGCACUGCCACUACAAAAAUAAGCAAAAACAUAUCCUAAGGUCUUAGGCAACGCGCAAUGUACCAGCCUGUCAGAGAACUUUGGCUGAGGAAGAAUAUAUGCACUAUAGCUGCAAGGGUGGCCAUGUUGUGAACCAUUAAUUCAUCUUAUAGUAAAUGAUUUCUCAGUGGAUAAAAAAGGCAAAGGAUUAGUGUUAGUUAGUGAAAAAUGCACAAAAAGCUUCUAACAAUCCUGAGGGAGGUAGUGUUUUUCUCCCUAAUUAAAAAUCCAUUGUUUAUGAUUUAUUCUCCAGGUCAGGACCAAAACUGAUCACCAGUUUAGCUUGUCCAGCUACUG